UUCCUGGGCCUUCACCCGCACGAGUCUGGUUCUGGGCGUCGCUUUCGGCGUUGCUUAGGCGUUGUGCAGGCCGUGGCAGCGAGACGUAGCCUGCGGAGGUCUGGGUUGGACUCGUGGGAGCUGCAGCAUCCAGGGGACAACAUGCCAACUGCCAAGCAGCUAGCUGACAUUGGCUACAAGACCUUUUCUACCUCCAUGAUGCUUCUCACUGUGUAUGGGGGCUACCUCUGCAGUGUCCGAGCUUACCGCUACUUCCAGCUGCGCAGUGCCCGGCGCCAGGCUGCGGAAGAACAGAAGACCUCAGGAGUCCUAUAGAGCUGGAGGCACUUUUACUCUUGAACACAGAGGCCUGAGGCUUGCUUUGGAAAGAACUUUCCUAUAAUCAUUUUCAGAUUGAGAGGACUAGAGCCCUGAUGGUUUUCAGUCUCUGCUGAAGAAAGUACCCAUGAUUUCUCUAGUACUGACAGUUUGACAGUUGUGGUGGAGGCUAUUGAAUCAUAAUAGGAAUGUAAGAGUGAAGUAUAUCCACAGAAUUAAAUAUGUUGUCAUAUCUGUGUCUUGGCAUUUUUGUUUACCCAAAUAAAUGUAUGGACCACA